AUGUACAUACCGCCACUCAACUUUUCGCUGGUAGUUAGUCAAGAUGUAUCCCUUUACAGAUCAGGGUAUCCGAUGCCUUUGAACUAUCCCUUCAUCAAAAACCAAUUGCAUUUGGGCACAGUGAUCUACGUGGGAGAUAAAGACAUAUCUGAGGAUUACAAACAGUUUCUAGAAACCGAAGGGAUUCGAUACCAUCAUAUAUAUAUGGAAUCCUCAAGGGAUGGCAACAUACAACAGGGAAUGGAGCGCGUCUUGAAGCUGGUCCUAAAUGUAGACAACUACCCUAUUCUGAUACAUUCGAACAAAGGGAAGCACCGCGUUGGUGUGAUAGUUGGUAUAAUAAGAAAAAUUCUCCAAGGAUGGUCAGUUACUGGUAUAUAUCAAGAAUAUGGUAUUUUUAGUGGGGGUCAGAAAGAUCAGGUUGACUUAGAGUACAUUACCAUGUUUGAAGCUACUCUUCCCGCGAAAAGUAGCAAGAUUCCAUCAUUUGUACGAUUUGAUAGCAUUGAAAGUUGCUCUCCAACGGACUGCAACAGUAGCUUGCUAUGA